AUUCGAGAAAGGACAAUUUUCCUAGAAGUAGCAACUACUAAGAUUUACGUGAUGUUAUCGUGUCUUCAGCAUUCGAACUGGCAGACGUACUUGUAGUACUUUCUCGGAAUCGUGAAUAUUUCAUUAUCUCAGCUACCUACAUGUUGUUACCGCCACGGUUGAGAAGGCCUAUAAUUUAGUCUCGUCUUCACUCUGACGAAAACAUUGACGAUUUUCUGUUCCAGUUUACUGCGUGGCUGCGUGGAAAAUACCACAUAAAUCUGUCGAGGACCUACUUGCGUCGACGAGAUUAAAGAAAGAGACGUUGGCUUGAAUUCAAACCUGUCUGUCAUUGUAAACAACUCAAUGUUCCCUGUUUUCCGGCGUUUCAUUUGGUAUAAAGAAAGAAACUGCGAAGGAUUACAAACGAAAGAGCGAGAGGAAAGUAUUUGUUCACGAUGAGUAGUAAUGAGACACAGUCUACAGAGCAGUGUUCAUCGAACGAAACCGUUGAAAUGCUACCGAUGGAACUGGAACGAAGAAGAUGUGAGGCUGGUAACGAUGGAAACACACUGUAUUCUGAGAAUUCAAUCUCAUUUUCUGACAAGGCCACAGAACCAAGAAAUUUGAACUUAAGGAUCGAAAAUAGGAGUCUGGUCAUAGUCCAACAAUCACUCACCAAACAGCAGCAGCCUAACUGGGAGCACACUUUCCUUAAACGGGAAACAAAACAUGCCAACGGGGGUGAAGUACAAUCAGACUCUGCUCCAAAGACAAAGGGCAGCCUUCUAGACCAACACAAGCGACCAGCGGAGUUGGUAGCUUGCCAGCUUCAAACUUUUGGGGAUACGCAACAACGUUCACAGACUGAGUGGCGUGAUACUUUCAUUGCCAGUGUUGACCCACCGAUGCCUUUGAUCGAAAAACAAGGAUAUCUAAACGGACAAGAGUGCGAGAGAAUCCUGAAAAAACUUGAGUUUCUGCAGGACGAAGGAAAGUUUGCUGAACAUGAGCACCUUGUUACUGCCUGUAUUCAACGUUUUGCAGAUGGCGAAAAUCCGGACAUGGAGUUGGCCUUGAAAAUAGAGCGAGGAGUGGCCUCUUCGUACCAAAAAGAAUUCAAAAACAGCAAACCUGACUACAGAAAUAGAAAGCCGGUGAAGUUUUCCCCUCUAUUUGAAUUUCUUCAACGCAGCGAGUUUCUUCUGCAAAAUCACGAUUCCCCAGAAGACUGGGCCGAGCUGUAUUACAACUAUGGAUCCGUUUGGUUGAAGUAUAUGAGCAUUAUCCCUGAUGACCUGAGAAAUGCACAGGCGCGAGAGACCGCCCGGGAUAAAGCAAAAUAUUAUUAUGAGCAAGCUGUCUCUUUCUGCCGAAGGGAUAAACGACCGAGAGUUCAGAUAAAAAAACAAACCUAUUGUCAUCUCAAGUUAGCAGCACUGCUGUUAGACUGCAGUUCAACUGCCGCGCGCACCCAAGAAAAAGAAGUUGCACCCAGUGAUAUCAAGAAAGCCAAAGAACACCUUGAUUUUGUUCAGUAUAGACUUGGUGAGAGUGUACCCACAGGAACACAGGUACAGCUCUUAAAAACUCGAUCUGAUCAAUUCUAUCGUCAGAGAUUAUACCAACUGGCCAAAGAAACGGCCGAGGAGGCUUUUCAGCUCGCUUCCUCGAAUAGAUUUAACACUGAAUUAGACACUCUUCAAGAGAGGAUCCAGUUUCUUGACGUAAAGCUCGAGGUUGCGAAAGAAGUUGCUAUCAUGGAAAUAGAAGAUACCCAUACUGAAAGCUGCUAUAGCGGCACCGAGUAAAGAUCAAGAGAUUAUAAACUUUAAAAGGAUUGAAUAAGUAUCACAAUUAAAUAAAACAAGAUCGAAAGAAUAUUAUAUCUAUACUUAGUAUCUGACAUGUGGAAACACAGUAACUCUGCCUGUUUUUAUCAUUCUUUUGCCCUGUUGCGUAUAUACUUUUUUCCAUUAUUUGCUCAAUUUUAUAUGUUCGCUUGCUUUCUUUUCACUAGAAUUUAAUAAUGGUUGGUGAUAAUUCUUUCGACAAGGUACAAGAGUUCGUCUAUGAUGUGUGACAGAGAAAUUACUAUUUCAAUUUCAAUCGUGCUCAGGGUCAAGUGACAGCAACAAUGACAGUAAUAUCAUGCAUAUUUCUAUAAAUAUGAGCAAUUUUCUAUAUAUAUUUAAUCGUUAGCUAUUUCAAUUUCAAUCGUGCUCAGGGUCAAGUGACAGCAACAAUGACAGUAAUAUCAUGCAUAUUUCUAUAAAUAUGAGCACUUUUCUAUAUAUAUUUAAUUGUCAGCCAUUAUCCCACCUUACAAUAGAAAUAACCGAAAAGGCUUAACUGUGGCUUCCUCCUGUAGAUAUAACUUAGAAUUAAACCCUCUAAUUGAAAUAAUCGGAAUACUGGGUAAGAUACUUGGAAAUUUCAAUCUGCGUUAGCAUUGCAGCCAGCCGUGCAUGAUGUAAAUACGGAUGGACAUAAUUAUCUUGACUUAAGGGAUAGCCAUUUCUCUCAAUUAUGUUGCUACCCUCUGCGGGCUUCUCAAUAACUAACGUAAUGCGUGAUUAUGAUUUAAAUAUCACAGGGACUUCC